UUACCUGUCACGAACAUAACCGAGCGAACGUAAACACUCAUAACCUUCAAAACCAGCAUCUGUCAUGGCUACACAAGAAUCUGAUAUAACUUUCGAACAAGUUUUACAAUAUUUUCGUGAUAAUGGUGGAUCAGUGCGAAAUCGAGAUGUGGUUACGAGUUUCAAGAAAUAUUUAACAGAUCCAGCUUCAAAAGAUGAUGCUCGGGUCAAAUUUAAAGAAUAUGUGAAUAAGUUAGCAGUGUCGAAGGUUGUGAAUGGAGAGAAGUUUUUGUAUUUGAAGACCAGAUAUUUACAGUAUCAAUGUCCAUCGUCACCUGUCCAUAGUCCAACUAAGGUUAGUCAAAUGCCAAGGGCUCCAGCUCCUCCGUUAGAACAGAUGAAUUCAAUCGGUAUACCAAUAUCCCCUCAAUCUUCUCCUUCACAGCCCAUCAAGGACCUCCCGACCUCUUCUCCGCGCCAACCCCCUCCCUAUAGACCUCCACCCCCCGUCCUGUCUCCGUCACCCUCUUUGGACACCCUCUCCAUGAACUCCUUCACACUAUCCAUCCAGGAGUCCGGCACCCCUCAGCCUCCUCCGAGGAGGAAGAGUAGCGACAAGUUCAGACUCGGCGACGAGGAUCCAGGUACCCCCACCACUCCCACCUCCACGGUGGAGCCGAGGGGUAAGGAGUCCCUGAUGGAGGAGACCAUGGAGGAGAGGGGGGAGGAGGAGGAAAGCGAGGCGAACGUUAGCGUUAAGGAGAGGACGCAGAAGUUCAACAGGCUGGCAUCUGUGGAGGGCGAGGAGAGGAGUCCUAGGGGCAAUAAGACGCCGGACAAGCUGAUGAAAAGACAGGGUCAAGACGAGGACGAUGGCGCCUCUGUUACAUCGAAUUUAGACCCCAAGAAAUGUGUGGAAUGGUACGUGACAGCAUCGAAAGGGGACUUCCAGGAGCUGUUGAAGUUAGCCAAGGAUGAACCACGACUCGUCAACAAAAAGGACCCAUUCACGGUACGUGGAGAUGUAACGACUUGUCAUCAAUCACCGACCGGGGCCUGUUUGAUUCGUGUAAACGUCAAUGGCCCCCGUGUUCUCCUAGAUGCAUGAGGUAUUUAUGUAGAU